AAGUGGGCGUCCCCGGCGUACAAUAGCGUUCUCGCCUACAGCAAAAGGAUGAGCAAAGAGGAUCUGCCGAGGAAGGAGGCUAACGUGCUCCGGGGGCACGAAGGCGCAGUACUGGCUGCCAGGUUUAACCGGAAUGGGGAGUAUUGCCUGAGCUGUGGCAAAGAUCGUACUAUACGGCUUUGGAAUCCUCACCGUGGAUUGCACAUCAAGACCUAUAAAUCUCACGGUCGUGAAGUCCGCGACGUCCAUGUCACCCCGGAUAACUCGAAACUGUGUUCGUGUGGAGGUGACAGACAAGUAUUUUAUUGGGAUGUGGCAACUGGUCGUGUUAUUCGCAAAUUUCGUGGUCAUGAUAGUGAGGUAAAUGCUGUAAAGUUUAAUGAAUAUUCAUCUGUAGUGGUAUCGGCAGGAUAUGAUCGUUCAGUGCGAGCUUGGGACUGCAGAUCUCAUAGCACUGAGCCUAUUCAGAUCAUUGACACUUUUUCAGAUAGUGUAAUGUCUGUUUGUUUAACAAACACUGAGAUAAUUGCUGGAAGUGUUGAUGGAACUGUUCGAACUUUUGACAUUCGAAUUGGUAGAGAAAUAUCUGACAACUUGGGGCAACCUGUUAACUGUAUCUCUCUUUCAAAUGAUGCUAACUGUAUAUUAGCCAGUUGCCUUGAUUCUACAAUACGACUUCUGGAUCGGUCUAGUGGUGAACUAUUGCAAGAAUACAAAGGCCAUACUUGCAAGUCUUUUAAGAUGGACUGCUGCUUGACAAACACGGAUGCCUAUGUAACUGGUGGUUCAGAAGAUGGCUUCAUUUACUUUUGGGAUCUGGUGGAUGCAUCUGUCAUCUCCAGUUUUCGAGCCCAUGUUUCAGUGGUAACCAGUGUAAGUUAUCACCCAAAGGAAAACUGUAUGAUCACUGCUUCGGUUGAUGGAACAAUCCGAGUUUGGACAUCCUAAGAAGAUUGAUUGCAAGAUUUUCGAAUGCAGAUUGCUCUUUAUAUUCUUGUUUGUCCCAGUUUCCUUGUAAUAAUACAUUCAAUAUGCGAACCCGUCUACUUGUAUUCAUAAGCAUGUAGAAUGAAUAACCAGAAUGCCCUUGUUUUGAUUCACCUGUGAAUUAGUUGUUAAUGCAUAAAGAAACUUAGACAUGAAGUGUGGCAUCAGAUGUUAGUAAUCUACGUAAAAGUUACCUUGAGCAA